AUGUCGACCGCCAAACCCGUCGACCUCGCUGAGUUACCCAAGGAGCUGUUAGUCCACAUUGCCAUCUACUGCGAUGCCCUGUCAGCCUUACGCCUGUCGACCACUUGUCAAAGAGUCCGAUCCGCCUGCUACGAUAAAUUGGUCUUCAAACAGAUAAUUGCUAGGUCUGCUGGCUCAACAUGGAAUGUUACCGUGCACAGAGUCGAAGCAGCCGCUCUUCGCAUCCAACCACAUGGUCAAACGCUCGCAGACGCGGAUUUAUCAGUCAAAGCCCAAACGCAGGCAUGGGCACGCUACGCACUCGCAGACUAUCAAGCAUCCCUCCUCCUCUCACCGGGAGGGAACCCCCCGGUCUCACCGAAGCAUACACUUCCGUGGCUCCCACCACUCGCCGUGCUAAACCAUCCAGUAUUCCAAGACCUCACGGCUGAGAGUUUCCUCCACGGCGACGCAGACCCGUCACCGGCACGAGUCUUCUGUCUAGCCAUGAUAGUCCUCGGCACAGACCAUACCGCUCCGCAAAGAGCAAGUAUCCUCGAGGUGGACGAGAGUUCCCGACAAGGCCUCGAAUCUGCUUGUGCGAAAACGUGCCUGUGGGCGCUCUGUAGCACAGUCCUCACGAUCCGAUGCAGGACAGCUCGACAGAGGGCCAUAUGGCCAUAUGGCGCAAUGGCCCAGGUACCGCAUAUCAGACUCCCUCUCGCUGCAGAUAUCCCCCUCAGUGACUCGUCUGUCACGCCACCCUUGCCAUACCAAGGUCAUGAUUCCUGGGGACAGUGGUAUCAGGAUCAUAACAGAAGUCUUUGCGUACCUGAAUACUUUACUUCUGGUACCUGGUGUGGCUACUACAUCUGGUUCAGCAACAGCAACAGCAACAGCCAUCUCGAUCCACCAAUGCUGGACAUCCGAUUCCACAUCACACGCCCCAUCGCCGCCUCCACACCAAAUGGUCCCAGCAUCAGACUAGAAGCUACAGAGUGUCGAGACGGCCACGGCGCAUUCAAUAUCUCCGCUAUUGUGAAGCCCGGCACCCAGGCAGACACGGAUAUAGAAGGAGGACCGCGAAUGCAUGCAAGGAAAUUGUACAGGAACGGUACGGCUUGGAUGUGGGAUCUGGAGGUGACGCCUUUUGGACUUGUGGGUUUCUGGGGCUCUCCUGAGGGAAGGGGUGUCGUUGGUGAGGAGAGACUGAUGCGGAAUGGUAUGGUGUGGUUGUGGAAGGAGGAGUGGACGAAGGAUCAUGCGGGUUGA